AUGAAAAUCAACUUGAGUUCCCGGAGUGAUCUCUGCAAUUCCCUCGCGAGCCUCUACCAGAAGGUCAGCGACUUGGAGACCAAUAUUCCAACAGCGGACGAUAUUCAGAACCUGGGAAGUGAAAUUAAGAUCCGAGUCACUAAGGUGAAAAUAGCAGAAGGCUCGAACGGGAUUCUUCAGUUUAAUCCGCGUUUCUUUCUACCACACCCAGAAAAUGUUCUCGAAGAAUAUCCUAUCGAUGUGAAAGCAACCAAGAGUCACGGUCACCGAAAUAUCGAUAUAAUCCAAUCGAAGCUUAAAGAUCGGGCUGCAUGUUGCCCUCGAACUGGAAUAUCCUAA